AGGGGCGUAGGAAGAGGCUUCAAGAGGCAGCAGGGGUGACCAGGCGAGGAUGGAGGCUCUGGUUCCCUUGGUGAAGAGUUACCCAGGCCUGUCAGUCCUGGCAGUCUCUCUUGUGUUCAGGCUGACCCAUCGACUGCUACAGAAUCUACCCGUGCCCAAGGUGGUGAGGCAGGAUGCCUUUCGCUCAUGGAAGUGGAAGAAUCUCUCCGUCUCCAUGGUGCACUCUGUCCUGACUGCAGUCUGGGCCCUGACCUGUGUUGUAGUUUCUCCGGAGCUGUUGGGUGACCUCCGCUCAUACCACACACCCCUGUCCUACCUGCUGGUUUGCGUCUCCACAGGAUACUUUGUGCAAGAUGCAGGUGAUAUUAUCCUGACAGGUCAUGCAAGGGGCUCAUGGGAAUUCCUACUCCACCAUGCAAUGGUGAUCUGGUGUUUCCUGUACACCCUCUACACUCACCUGUUCAUCGCGGGGGCUGUGAUCGCCCUCUUCGUGGAGGUGAACAGCGUAACCCUACACUUGAGGCUGAUGCUGAAGCUGGCGGGUGCUCAGGACUCUUCCCUGUACUACGUCAACAAGUUCGUCAACAUGGUCACCUACAUCGCCUUUCGCCUGAGUGCUCAGUUCUACCUCACCUGGUACCUCACCAGCAACUACUCCCUCUUGGAGCACAGUGGAUACUUUUUGACCUCCAUCAUGGUGAUGAAUAUCAUGAUUCUUGUUUAUUUCUACCGUUUGCUUCGCACUGACUUCUUCCCUCGGAAAAAACACUUUGUGGGACAAAACGGUGUACACAACAACAACUCCAAGAAAUUUCUCAGCGAUUGACUGAGAAGAAUGGUUUACCUUUUUUUGUAUCUAUUUAAGGUGGUAGUUUACAUUUUUUGUCUUUUUUAAAUCAUUCCUCUUGACCACAUGUCUCUUUGUUGUAUCUCACUGCCAAAGAACAAACUUCUCCAAACUAAAGGGGCCAAAUAAUGUGCAGUCUUUUUCAAGUGCUGCUUUAAGAAAUUCUGACAUAUAUAUAUAAUAUAUUAUAUAUAUAAGGCCACAUUACCUAAAUAAUCAAAUUUGGGCAAAGCUAAAACAUUUUUCAGAUAUUUGCUCCUUCUGAAAACAACUUGUGUCGUUAUGUGGUGUGUUUUAGGCAAAACAAAUUCACAACAUACCUGCUAAUUCAGUAAAACUGAAAAAAAAAAUCUUUGUGACCACUGUCAGAUUUAUAUGUUGUGUUAUAUAUUUAUAUAGUAGCUACAUUUUUGAUAAUAACUUGUUUACAUGUUUUUUGUGUUUUAUUUAUGAGCUGGCUUGUUUGCGAUUUCUAUAAAAAUCUGCCUCAGACUUUUGGAUUUUGAACAACUUUUAGUGAUUUUCCAGUGUAUUUUAAUUGUGUCUACCAGUUGGCAUAUUUGCCAUUGGAAUUUCCUGCAUUAAAUUCUGUAUUUAUGGAAAAGCUUUCAAAGAUAAGGUCUUAAAUUCCAAACAGCCUUACAUUCAACAGUAAUUUCCUGUAGUCCACCAGCAUGCCAGAUUAUUCUGGUUUGCGUGAGUGCAGCCUUCUUUUCAUUUGCUUCUUUUUCCAAAUUUCCAGCUUUAUUUUUUUCCUCAGACCAGUCGCCAUGACCUAAUCUUACUUCAAUCUCGCCAUUUUAUGAUCUCCUCUCAAAAGCCGAAAUGAGAUCCAGCAUCUGAUAACUUUUUUAGCAGCUGGAAAAUCUACUGGCAAGUUUUGUAAAUAUGAAAAUAAAUAAAUCCAAAAGCCUAAAAAAAGAAAAAAAAAAUCAAGUGUGGUUUAGAUGUAUUUCUUGUCAUUUGUGAAUGAUCUUGAUUUGUGUUUUGUUAGUUAGCUGGGUGAUGGAGGAUGAUGAAAAGCACAUUUGUGAUGUCCUCCUUGUUUGAUAGGGUUAUAGUACCGAAUACGGGAUAGUACUUCAAUGUAUGUAUCUUAUGUACGAAACGCCACUUCUUGCUAUUGCAAGCUUUUUUGCCAACCUUGUUGCCAGCUUUUGACAACGUUGAUAUGCAGUUUGUGGUCAUUACUACCUGUAGUAAGACAAAGGCGUUUUAUUUGAAUGGUUUUUGUUAAACCUUGACCAGUUUUCGAUUCGUCACUUGAAAUCUCUGACCCUGAAGUCAGAUUUUCUGUCUUUGGACAACAUUCUUUUUGUCUUUAUGAAGCUCUUGUCUGUUUGGAGCUGAAGAGAUAACUGGACUUUGACAGAAACACAUGUCAACAGCAACAUCGUUUGAGAUGUGGUUCUUGUUUUAUGUGUCUAGCUGAAUAAAGCUGGAUCUUCCUGCCAUCUAACUGCUGCUCAUCUGGAACUAAACUCUGUAAAAGCAGCCAGUUGCACAAUCACGAGUUCUCAGAUAUCUGAUAAUUGCAUACUUUUACAAAAACGGAACACAGUCUUGAGAUGUUGAAGAUAGUUUUUUUCACCACCAAGCAGUUUAAAGAAUUCUGAAUUGUAUACAGUACAUCCAGAUAUAUUUAAAGUGGUUGAUGGUGGAUUUUGUGAUUGUGAAAAAAAAUUACAAAAAUGUGGUAUUUUUAAAUUUGCAUUUUAGUCGAGGCCAAGAAAGUCCAAGCAUGGAUGAAGAGACAUAUGUCCGACCUGCACUCCAAGUGCCUUUAACCGCUGUGCCUUCGGAAGUAGAAACAGUGUGUGAAUUGGUGUUCUGCACAGUGAUGUUUAGUAGCAACAUUUUUUCUGUAAUAAAGUGACUUUUUUAACCCUA